AUGAGCGAUACGACUUGCAUCGUUGGUGAUUCCAUAUGUGGUUCUGUCGGUAUUUCAAAGUUCUCUAGCUUAAGUGAUGAUGUUUUUCUCAGAGGUUACAGUACUUAUGAAGGCGAACAUCCAAAUGAAGCUGCAGCCGCACAGGAGGGAGGAGGCGAAAUUGUGGCUGCCAUUAAUGGACUGAUAGAAGUUACUGAUCGUGUUGUUUCUGUAAAAGGAAUGUCAUCCCGUUAUCAUCCUGAAAUAGGUGACAUUGUAAUAGGACGGGUAAAGGAAGUAAGUGGAAAUCGUUGGCGUAUCGAUAUUGGAGCUUAUCAAGACGCGGUGAUGUUGUUAUCUAAUGUGACUGAACCUGGAGGUAUACUCAGAAGAAGGGGAAGAAGUGACGAACUCAGUAUGAGACAAAUAAUUGACCAGGAUGAACUAGUUGUGGCGGAAGUGCAGCGUAUCUCUUCGGAUGGUGUUGCGUCCCUCCAUACUCGAUCUGGUGAAAAGUAUGGGAAGUUAUCUGUUCUUGGUACGUUUGUUUCGGUCUCUCCAGCUCUUGUAAAACGUGCCAAACAUCAGUUUUUUACUGUUGAUUCAUUUCCUGUAAAUGUUAUUCUGGGUAUAAACGGAAUGAUAUGGAUCUCCCCAGAUGCUCAACCAAAAGAUUCAAAUGAUGUUUCUCUCCCUCUAAAUGAAGAAGAUGAUGUUGAUGUGAGACGCGGCAUCGCACGUGUUGCGAACUGUAUUAGGAUUAUGAAUGGCACCCGACUUCCAAUUUUUGCUAAAUCCAUUAAUGCUGCGGUUAAAUCCUCUAUUGAUUUGGGACUUAGUCCUUUUGAAAUUCUACAACAGUCAAAUUACGAUCAGAUAACAACAGCCGUCUUGGAAAAUAUAACAACGCGAAAACACUUACUGUAA